AUGGCCGAUGUCGUCCAACCAUCAGAACCGACAGCUCCAGAGUCAUACAUCUAUACACCAUUCACAAAUAACUUUACAAUUCGCAUUCUCACUCUUGAGCCUGGUACGGGCGAUGACCCAUUAGUCGGUCAUCUCGGCUUCGAAAAUCUUGAUCUCAAUCCACAAUAUGAAGCUAUCUCAUAUUGCUGGGGAACAGAUGGUCGAUCCUCUGAGAUUACAUGCGAUGGGAAACCGCUUCCAUUAACGAAGAGCAUUGAAGGCGCUCUCCGUCGUAUGAGACAUGCAACUAAACAGCGACGCUUGUGGGCGGAUCAAGUCUGCAUCAAUCAGGACGAUAUUGCCGAACGAAGUCAGCAAGUCAGUCUGAUGAAUGCUAUUUAUAAGGGAGCAAAACAUGUCUUGGUAUGGCUUGGAGAAGACAAGGUAGGGCAUGGGCAGGCGGCUAUGGACAUGAUUCACUACCUCGAUGGAGUGUUUAAGAACGAGGAGCUGCAUAAUGAAUUCAAAAGAGCUCAUUCAGAAGAAUUGUUAAGUCAGGAUAGAAAACCUUGGGUGCCGUUCUCAAAUCUAUCGAGGCUGCCAUGGUUUAAUCGUAUAUGGAUUGUUCAAGAAAUAGGAACAGCAGCACCGGCAACUCUUUACUGGGGCGACGCUGAAAUUGACUGGGAAAUUCUAUCAUCAGUCGCGGGCAUCUUGAAUACGACCUACCACUUCCUACGCUCGCGGUUCGCCGUCUUCACACCUAACAUCCGAUACUUAUAUCAACGCUUCGUUGAGCCAGAGGAGGCAUACGAUGUCAACCAUAACCGCGCAGCCUUCAUAUACGAACUUCACCGUGCAAGGCAUCUCUUAUCCAAAGACCCUCGAGAUCAUGUCUAUGCUUUUCUUGGCCACUUCUCCAUUCGCACUGGUAGUUCGAGCCUUGCAGAGUUGGUGGCGGAUUACAGCAGAUCGAUAGAAGAUAUCUUCUACGAUGUAGCAGUUAGAGAACUCUCUGGGUGCGAAUCGCUUCUGCUUUUGUCUGCUUGUCAUGCUAUACCAGCUACAUACAAGAAACGAAUUAUGAAGAGGGGAGAUUUACCAACUUGGGUUCCAGACUGGCGUGUUGUGCCUUUACAUCUGAUGGGAACCCCUGUGACUCCUCAUAGAGCAUCAGGGGAGUAUCGACCUCAAUUGCAUAUCGACGAAGAAACACAAGCUCUUCACAUCUACGGUGUUCGCUUAGAUCGUAUCCGUCGACCAUCGUGGAUCUUCUGGAACAACGCUUUUCACUUCCGUCGCAACAACCCUUUUCGCCUCCCCAUCGAGGGCUUAUGGCGAGAUAUUUGUGGUCGAAACCAACCCUUCAGCCUACGACAACGCUAUAGAAACGGCGACUCUGCCUUUUUCGCCCUUGUGCAAACACUUACAAAUGCAUGCAUCGGAGCAGAUCGCUCACGGCCGUAUGAGAGUAUUCCGAAGGAAGAGUGGCUCGCCAACGGCGCAGCGUAUCUCGUCCGUGCCUUAGAUAAACCUGGUGCUGUUUCACCAGAGAUACAAGAGCUUGCGCAAACGGGAGAUGGUUUCAAAUGGAGCCAUGAAGCAACGCUUGUUACGCGGUAUCGAGGUUUUGCGAUAACUUUUGGGGGAUGGUUUGUUGUUGGGCCGGAUAUUAUGCAAGCUGGAGAUGUUGUUGUUGUGCUAUACGGAGGUCGAACGCCGUUUUUGCUAAGGAGAAAGGACGACGGGACGUGGAUACUUGUUGGGGAGUGUUAUGUUCACGGGAUGAUGAAUGGGGAGGUUUUUGACCUUGAUGGGGUUGAAGAGGAGGAGUUUAUUAUUGUGUAA